GAUCGCUAUAGAUUUCCAAGAUUACGGGAAAAGUACUAAAGUUCCACAGAGAGAAAACAAUGUCGAAUCAAUUUCAUAAAGAUUUGAUUCAUCAGUAUAAAACUACUUGCAACAAACUGAAGAAAAUUCAACGAGUAUUUUUCAAACAGUUUGCUCCCAACGUUUCGGAAGUAGCAGGUGAGUUCGGUUCCUUGGCCACCAGCUUCAAUAAUGCAUUCCAACCGGAAUAUGCAGCGCUCUGCCAUAUGGGCCAAGGGAAAUGCGAAAAAAUGAUCGGGAAUGAUGCAGCCGAAGUGGAUGCCUUGUUAAAGGCGGCCCGUUCCUUCCGGAAGGCCCAUGACCAGCAGACCAAAAUUAAAGUUGAAAACCCUUCCAGCGACCACUUGGAAGGAGCUUUUCGGUGCUACACCCAAGCACUAUCUAGACUGCCGGAUGAUUCCGUAACCAAAGCUGCAAUCAUCCGUGAACUGAAGGAGAUCAAUCCGAAUGUGGAAAUUAUCAGUAACUUUAGCUCUCCUAGCCAUCGCAUUUGGGACCUGGAGCAUUCGGCCGAGGAGAGCAUCAAGUCUCGUGACUAUGUGGCAGCAUUCGAGAAACUAACCGAGAUUUACGACGACAUCACCGAAAGACGGUGCGAAGAUCUCUAUCUGCAGGUGAUGCAACGAGUGGAAGUAUCCCGAUUGCUAUUGCUGUGCUUGCUGCAGCUUCCUCCUUCGGUUCGGUAUGAUCACAAAUUCAUUGAACGUUAUUCGUCUAUCGGGGAGAACAAUCUGGGCACUGCUAGCCGCCAGGGGAAUGAAAUCAUUUCGGAGAACCUGUUUUUCCUGCUACAGUCUCUAGUAGUUUCCUGCCAGGCUAAGGACAUUGACUCGCUUGUAGCUGUGCGAGAUGAAAUGAGCCACUGCCAUGAGCUCACCGGAUCGCAACAAGUUCUACUGGAAGAGCUUGUUUCGAAAUAUUCCAAAUGAUAUUAGAUCAAAACAGUUGCGAUUGUAAUAUAUGUGAUUAUACUAAGCUGGUACAGUUUAGAACAUAAUUUUAGCUAAUCUACCUACGAGUUGAUGUUUGUAUGUUUAUAACGUUUAUUAAGAAUAUCGUAGUUGAUUAAUAACAGCAAUAUAAUA